AGGGAGAGGGAGAGAGAGCAGGCAGCAGUGAGGAAGCCAGAGCAGAGGUGAGCGGGCUCGCGGCAGCCUUGCCGGCUCCCAGCAUGGUGGUCCUGAAUCCAAUGACUUUGGGAAUUUAUCUCCAGCUUUUCCUGCGCUCCAUCGUGUCCCAGCCGGCGCUCAUCAGCAGUGUCCUCCCCAUCUCAGCAGCACUCCCGGGCCUGGAUCAGAAGAAGCGGGGCGGCCACCGAGCAUGCUGCCUGCUGACGCCGCCGCCGCCGCCCCUCUUCCCGCCGCCCUUCUUCCGAGGGGGGCGCAGCACGCUUCUCUCCCCAGACGUGAAGAAUCUGCUCCUGGAACUCGAGACCUCGCAGUCCCCCUGCAUGCAAGGCACGCUCGGCUCCCCAGGGCCUCCUGGCCCCCAGGGCCCACCUGGGAUUCCCGGCAAGACAGGACCAAAGGGAGAGAAGGGGGAACUUGGCCGACCAGGAAGAAAGGGUAGACCCGGCCCCCCAGGUGUUCCCGGCAUGCCUGGGCCCGUUGGCUGGCCAGGCCCUGAAGGACCCAGGGGUGAAAAAGGUGACCUGGGGAUGAUGGGUUUGCCAGGGUCAAGAGGACCAAUGGGCUCCAAGGGCUACCCUGGAUCCAGAGGGGAAAAGGGAUCCAGAGGCGAAAGGGGUGACCUGGGCCCCAAAGGAGAAAAGGGCUCCCCAGGAUUCCCGGGAAUGUUGGGGCAGAAGGGUGAAAUGGGUCCAAAGGGUGAGCCUGGGAUAGCGGGACACCGAGGACCCACGGGAAGACCAGGAAAACGAGGCAAGCAGGGACAGAAGGGAGACAGCGGACUCGUGGGCCCGGCCGGCAAGCCUGGGCCUCCUGGUCAACCUGGCCGCCCAGGGCCAGCAGGGCCGCCAGGGCCGCCAGGCACCCCCUCUGCAGGACAACUUGUGACGGGACCCAAGGGGGAAAGAGGAUUUCCCGGGCCUCCAGGAAGAUGUCUCUGCGGCCCGCCCCUGAAUGUGAAUAACCCUUCCUACGGGGAAUCCGUGUAUGGGCCCAGCUCCCCGCGAGUUCCUGUGAUCUUUGUGGUCAACAACCAGGAGGAGCUGGAGAGGCUGAGCACCCAGAACGCCAUCGCCUUCCGCAGAGACCAGAGGUCGCUGUACUUCAAGGACAGCCUUGGCUGGCUCCCCAUCCAGCUCAUCCCUUCCUACCCUGUGGAUUGCACCGUAGACCAUCAGGGCACCUGUGGGGACGGGGUCCUGCAGCCGGGGGAGGAGUGUGAUGAUGGCAACACCGAUGAGGGUGACAGCUGCAUCCGCUGUCGCCGGGCCUACUGUGGAGACGGUCACCGGCAUGAGGGCGUGGAGGACUGUGACGGCUCCGACUUUGGCUACCUGACCUGUGAAACCUAUCUCCCUGGGUCGUACGGGGACCUGCGGUGCACACAGUACUGCUACAUCGACUCCACGCCCUGCCGCUACUUCACGUGAGGCCUGCACCCCUCACCACUGGCAGCAGCUCCGCCCUCCUCCAGCUGGCCUGCUGCUGUCCCGGGCCAGCUCCCACCAACCUUUGUGCGACACGAACAUGGACAGAUUCUCGCUACUAAGAUGUGCUUGCCACUCAGGCUGACCGGAAGAAUUUAGGACCACUGCAUCCUGUCUUAAUCUGAAGUUCUGGAAAGCCUGCACGCCCAUGCUGGACCGUUCCCAUCGCUCCCACGCGGCCGGAUGGCCGGCCACCAGCUGCCCCUUCUCUUGGGGAAUGUCGCCGGCCCCGGGCCGUGGAUCGGCUUUGCACUGUUAGACCCUCUUAGACUUGUUGGGGCUGCUGGCUGCAGUUUGUUCUGAUCUGUGCUGGGGAGGCCGGUGUCCAGGCCCCCCAACCUCCGGACCCCCGCACACGUGGGCAUUCCCAGCCAGAGCAAGGCCUGGGAGCCACAGGCUGGGACAGGACACGUUCUCUCGGUGUGGCUCUCGCUGCACACCCACGGAGGAUCCCCCAGCCGGGCCUCAGGUGGGCGGGGCUUCCAGGAAGAGACCCAACCAUGAAAAGUACUGAGGCUCACCCCGAGGAGAGGGUGGCGGCUCACCAGGCCCCUUGCCAUGUGAGAAUGGCCCAGCGGUGGCCUCUCUCGUCUCAGCGUUUCCCACAGGGAUGGCUCUGUGCUUUCUAAACAGCCGGCAUCAUCUGGACCUCGUGGCUCCCUCUGCACUUUGACUUCCGAUGUGUGUGCGAAUGCCCUUCGUGUCCACUUCCUGCUGGGGAGAUUCACUGGGCAGGUGCUGAGCCCGCCCUCUAGGCAGAGACUGUUCCUAUCCCAGCGCCACCUCCUUGCUCCCUGCGAACUCCCGGGAAGCGCCCCGUGGCACACCUGCGUCUGCGGCCCGCGCCGUGUGCUGGAUGGAUGUCGCCCCCUGCUGGAAGACGGCUGUGCUGCAUGUGUGUGAGCUGCCUCCCACCGCCAGCGUCCUGAGCGCGGCUUGGCUGGCUUGGUGUGCCCCGCACCGCACCACACUUCGGAUGGGACUUGCCCGUUUGUUGCCAGGCCAAGAGGCACCCCUGGGCUGUGGCACGAAGCUAUUCAGUGAGCCUGAGUGCUGGGGAUUCAGCAGGCAGGAGUGGCCAUCUCGUGGCCAAGCCCUGUCUGCAGAGGUGGGCGCGUCAGGCAGCCUGGCCCCGCCACCUCUCCUGCAGGCCCUGGGAGAUUUGCCUCCAAGCUGCUGCCACCACUAUGAGGCUUCGGGAUGGGAAGUGGAGAAAUAAAGGCCGUUCCU